AUGCCGUCGCUCUCCUGCCACAACCUGCUGGACCUGGCGGAGGAGCUGCCCCCAUCCCCGCUCCGGCUCCCGCGGGUCAUGGCCGGCGCCUCCCCCUCCUCGCCGGCCUCGCCGUCCCCGGCCGGGCCACCUCGCCGGGUCAUCGUCUCGCACCGGCUCCCCCUCCGCGCGUCCCCCGACCCCGCGGCGCCGUUCGGGCUGCGCUUCACCGUCGACGCGGGCACCGUCGCCUACCAGCUCCGCUCGGGCCUGCCCGCCUCCGCCCCCGUGCUGCACGUCGGCACGCUGCCCCCCGCCGCCGCCGAGGCCGCCUCCGACGAGCUCGCCAGCUACCUGCUGGCGCACUUCUCCUGCCUCCCCGUCUUCCUCCCCGCCGACCUCCACGGCAAGUUCUACCACGGCUUCUGCAAGCACUACAUGUGGCCGCUCCUCCACUACCUGCUCCCGCUCACGCCCUCCACGCUCGGGGGGCUGCCCUUCGACCGCGCGCUCUACCACUCCUUCCUCUCCGCCAACCGCGCCUUCGCCGACCGCCUCACCGAGGUGCUCGCCCCCGACGACGACUUCGUCUGGAUCCAGGACUACCACCUCCUCGCCCUCCCCACCUUCCUCCGCAAGCGCUUCCCGCGCGCCAGGGUCGGAUUCUUCCUCCACUCGCCCUUCCCCUCCUCCGAGAUCUUCCGCACCAUCCCCGUCCGCGACGACCUGCUCCGCGCCCUCCUCAACGCCGACCUCGUCGGCUUCCACACCUUCGACUACGCGCGCCACUUCCUUUCGGCCUGCUCCCGCCUCCUCGGCCUCGACUACCAGUCCAAGCGCGGAUACAUCGGCAUCGAGUACUACGGCCGCACCGUCACCGUCAAGAUUCUGCCCGUCGGCAUCGACAUGGGCCAGCUCCGGUCGGUCGUGUCGGCGCCGGAGACGGCGGACGUGGUGCGCCAGGUCGCCGACGCCUACAAGGGGAGGCGCCUCAUGCUCGGCGUGGACGACGUCGACCUCUUCAAGGGGAUCGGGCUCAAGUUCCUGGGGAUGGAGCAGCUGCUGGUGGAGAACCCCGAGCUCCGGGGCAAGGCCGUGCUCGUGCAAAUCACCAAUCCGGCGCGCAGCGAGGGCCGGGACGUGCAGGAGGUGCAGGAUGAGGCCAGAGCCAUCAGCGCCCGUGUCAACGAGCGGUUCGGCACCCCCGGGUACACCCCCAUCGUGAUGAUCAGCCGCCCGGUGUCGGAGUACGAGAAGGCGGCUUACUACGCCGCCGCCGAGUGCUGCGUGGUGAGCGCCGUCCGCGACGGGCUCAACCGGAUUCCGUACAUCUACACGGUGUGCCGGCAGGAGAGCACCGCCCUGGGCGACGCCCCCAAGCGAAGCGUCAUCGUGCUGUCCGAGUUCGUGGGAUGCUCCCCGUCGCUCAGCGGGGCGAUCCGGGUGAACCCAUGGAGCGUGGAGUCCGUGGCAGAGGCCAUGAGCUCGGCAUUGAGGAUGUCCGACGGCGAGCAGCGGCUGCGCCACGAGAAGCAUUACAAGUAUGUGAGCACCCAUGAUGUGGCCUACUGGGCGCGGUCCUUCGACCAGGACCUGCAGCGGGCCUGCAAGGACCAUUUCUCGCGGCGGCAUUGGGGGAUUGGGUUCGGGAUGAGCUUCAAGGUGGUGGCGCUUGGCCCAAAUUUCAGGCGGCUCUCCGUCGAGCACAUUGUGCCGUCGUUCAGGAAGACGGAGAACCGGCUGAUUCUCCUGGACUACGAUGGCACCGUGAUGCCGGAGAGUUCCAUCGACAAGGCGCCGAGCAGUGAGGUCAUCUCUGUCUUGAAUCGGCUGUGCGAAGAUCCGAAGAACAGGGUGUUCAUCGUGAGCGGUCGGGGGAAGGAUGAGCUGAGCAAGUGGUUCGCGCCAUGUGAGAAGCUGGGGAUUGCUGCAGAGCAUGGCUACUUCACUAGGUGGAGCAAGGAAUCGCCAUGGGAGACCUGCGGGCUGGUGGCAGACUUCGAUUGGAAGAAGACGGCCGAGCCGGUGAUGAGACUGUACACAGAGGCCACCGAUGGAUCGUACAUCGAGCACAAGGAGAGCGCGCUGGUGUGGCACCACGACGAGGCGGAUCCUGACUUCGGUUCAUGCCAGGCGAAGGAGCUGCUCGACCAUCUCGAGAGCGUGCUCGCCAACGAGCCAGUCGUCGUGAAGAGGGGCCAGCACAUCGUGGAGGUUAACCCCCAGGGCAUCAGCAAGGGCGUGGUGGUGGAGAGCCUCCUGUCGUCCAUGGUGCGCGGCGGCAAGGCGCCCGACUUCGUGCUCUGCAUCGGGGACGACCGGUCCGACGAGGACAUGUUCGAGAGCAUCGUGUGCCCGGCCAACGGCAGCGUGAAGCUCCCGGCGACGAGCGAGGUGUUCGCGUGCACCGUGGGGAAGAAGCCGAGCAUGGCCAAGUACUACCUGGACGACACGGUGGACGUGAUCAAGAUGCUGCAGGGGCUCGCGAACGCGCCGUCGCAGCAGCGGCCGUGGCCCGUGCAGCUCCGGGUCACCUUCGAGGAAGGAAACGGAGUAUGA